AUAAAUAUAAACAACCUAAUCUACUGUGUUUCAGGUACAGCUGCAGAGACUCAUGUGUUCAGUAGUUCAGGUGAAGAUGUCACUCUGCCCUGUAUUAAUGCUCUUUCUGGCUGCACCUCAACUGAAUGGCUCUACAGCAAACAUAGAUCAUCAGUUACAGUAGAACUGAUUAAUGGAGGAAUAAAGAAGAAUAACACAGAGAGAGCUGAGAGACUGAGUCUGGGGUCUGACUGCUCUCUGAACAUCUAUAAAACAACAGAAGAUGAUAAUGGACUAUACACCUGCCAACAAUAUGUGAAUGGACACAGACAUGGAACUGAUGCACAGGUUUUUCUACAUGUUCUUCAUGUCUCUCCAUCAUCCACACAGACUGAGAUGAGAUCAGGCAGCUCUGUGACUCUCACCUGUCAGUUGUUUACAUAUGAUGACUGUGAUAGUUUGUUCCGUACUGAGGAUCUUCAGCUGUUCUGGGUGAAUCAGGCUAAUGUAAAUCUACAGGCAGACUUCAAAUAUCAGAUAUUAUCAUCAGGACCAUGUAUCAAGACUCUGACUACAACACUCCAGAAUGAAGACAACAACACAGAGUUGAGAUGUUUGGCUAAAACGAAGAAUGAGAUUAAGACCUCAGUCAGCUACACUGUCAAGUUUAAGGCAUCAACUACACCAACAAUCAAACCAACCUCUAAAAUAACUUCAAGUCCCACUGCAUCAUUAUCUCUUGGGACAGAGCUGAUUACAAACUCUGACACGUUUCAAUUUUUUUAA